ACUGUGAGGUGCACUGACUGAAGCAGACAGAGGAGGAGGAGAAGGAGGAGUAAUGAACGACAGCUGUGCGGAGAGGAGAGGUUACAGCAGAGGAGAGGGAAAGCAGGAGAAGAGACAUUUACCUGAGGACCAGAGGGAAGAGACAGGGUGGCAGGAAGGGACAACACAGAUUCUCAUGUCAGUGCAAUAAAACAGAGAGAGGUGUAAGAGAGAGGGAGAAGAGAGUGAUGGAGAAAGACACUCAUCGCUCACAGCCCAUCGGAGAAGGAGCCAAGGUGGGAGAGUGAAGGACAAAGGUACCGGAGGAGAGAGGAAGUAUAGGAUGAAGAGCUGGAUGAAUUCAGCCUGAGACAUGACGCAUUCACCUUGCAACAGCUUCCUCCAUCUUACGUCUCCUCCAUCUUUUCCUCCCGUUCCUGCUGCCGGUGGUUCGCAGAUGGACAAGAAGAGAGUGCAUCCAUCCCCGUGACCAGCCAUUCCCCGAACAACGACACUGUGCGGCUCGGUCGAUCUUCACAGAGGCAUCGGGAACAUUGACGUUGGCUAAAAAAAGAAGAAGAAGAAAAAAAAAAAGGAACAGGAACAAAAACAAGAACAAGAACAGGAGCGAGGUGGAAAAAGGGAAAGGACUAGAACAAGAGACAAGUGCAUGAGCAGACGAGCAGACAGGUGGACGGACCAAAAUAAUCACAUUUUUAGAAGUCUGAAACACUGAAAAAAGGGAGACAAGCACAGCAGGAUCCAUCAGACUGAUAUCACCUCUGCGGCUCAGUUGGGAGGACUGUUUGAAAUUCAGAAAGGAAAAAGAAACUUCACUCCCCACCUUUGAGGAAUUUAGGAGUCUUGGAUCUCAAAGCAGUCUUUCCAACAGCUUUGCGGAGCCUUAUAAAAAGACCUUCACCUUCACCUCCUCCUCCAUCCUCCUUAUCAACAAGCCACUGAGAGGGUCACACAGGGUCACCCCCACCCCACUGGACCAAGAGCAGAAAGAAAGAGGUCGUUCUUUCUUUCGCUCUCACGCUUUCGCAUCCAUGUGUGACACGCCCACAGCCAAACACAGGAAAUUCAGCCGUUGUUUGAGCGAGACACACAUGUAGAGGCUAAAUCGACAGGGUUGAGUUUCCCCUGGCAGACCACAGGAUACAGAUUGAGUCAAACACCUCUUUGACCUUUUUCUGAACUGCCCGAACUCAAACCCUCCCACUCUGGGAAUCCACCGUCCUGUACUGUAUGUAUAUAUGUGAGCAUCUGUCUGCAUAUGAGAUUAUUUCUUGACUUGAGUUUGUGCUAAAAGUACCAACUGUCCUUUGUCUAACUAAGUGUUUCUGUGAUUAGACACAUCACACACAGCACACAGGUCGAUCAGCGGAACAUAGGAAACAUUAUUUUUAAAGAGUCAACACUGGUUAGGUUCUGUAAGCUGGACUGUUAGGUCAUCUACAUAUCAUCCGUGACAGAGUAAGAGCUGCAGAUUGUGGUGCUCUGGCUCAGCUCUUCUGUCUGUCUUCCCCUCACAAAGACUCAGGCUGACAGUUGCGUACACCGGGGAGCUCACUGAGGGAACCAUGGAGACAACCAUCCGUCCCCAUGUCCCCUCUAAUGGCUGACUUCAUAGAAGAAGCCCAAACUGUUUCCCAUUGUGCAGAAGCGGGCAGGGGCAUCCAGCGCUGACUAGAGCCACAGCCCUUCUCUCUUCCACCUCCAGAACAACUCACGAAUGUCCUGCCUCAGGCGUCAGCCCGUCACCAUCCCCAUGGACACCGUCAAGAUCAUCCAGUCGGAGAAGUUCCCCAGAGAGCGCCCUGUGCCCGUCACCCAGCCGCGCUAUGCCCCGCCGCCCAGAGUGGCAUGGGAUGGCGGGGGCGAAGGCGAGAUCAUCGUCAACCAGGCCUGCAGCGACCUGACCCUGGACAUAACGGGGUCUCCCCGGUCCAUGGUGUCCACCCCAGUCCCCAUGACGCGCAGGGAGCAGAGCUUCCUGGCGCAGCGCAAAACCAGUGCCAACGAAAUCUGCUACCACCAGUUCCAGUACAAGAUGGAGGACGUCAUCGUCAACCAGUACGUGCUGCGCUCCUCCUCCACCUCCUCGUCCACUUCCUCGUCCUCCUCGUCCCCGGGACCUGUCAUGCCCUGUGAGCCCCUGGACUGCCCGACCUGCGGUCACACCUACAACUUCGCCGGCAAGCGCCCGCGGAUCCUCUCCUGCUUGCACUCGGUGUGCGAGGAGUGCCUGCAGAUCCUCUACGAGUCCUGUCCCAAGUACAAGUUCAUCUCCUGCCCCACAUGCCGGCGCGAGACGGUGCUGUUCACUGACUAUGGUCUGGCCGCUCUGGCCAUCAACACCAGCAUCCUCAGCCGCUUGCCCUCUGACCCCAACGGGCCUGUGCAGUGGGGCGGGGACGCCGACCGUAGCUGCUACCAGACUGUGCGCCAAUACUGCCAGUCAGCCUGCACCUGCCACAUCGCCAACCCCUUGUCCUCCUGCGGCAUCAUGUAGAACAAGGACACACACACACACACACACACACACUGCAGGGAUGACUCAACAUGGGCCUCCACCGCCACUCAUUUCAUGUCUAAGCUCCGCCCUCUCCGCCAGUUCCCCUCUCACAGUGAAUAAAUUCCCCUCCACAAAUGUUAUCUCUAUAUAUUUAAUAGCACAGAUGGAUGCUGUGUGGGACUAAUGGACGCUGGUGGUUCGAUAAAUAGUAAAUACAUGUAUUUUACGUAUGGACUGGAAUCCUAUUCACCCUCUUGUUUGGUUGGAUGUGUUUGUCACUGACAUCUCUUUACAUGGGAAUGCCAGGGGAGGAAUGUCCGCCCCGCCCCCAACCUAGGUGAAUAAAGAUCAAAUAAUAAGUAAAAGUCA